AUGGCUGAAAAGAUGGAAUACGUCAACCUAGGAAAGUCUGGCCUCAAGGUGUCCAAGGUGAUCCUCGGUGCAAUGAGCUACGGAGAUCCAAAGUGGCAGGAGUGGGUUUUGAACGAGGAGCAAAGUCUCCCGUUGCUCGAGCACGCCUACAAAGUCGGCAUCAAUACCUGGGACACUGCAGAUAUCUACUCCCAUGGCGCCUCGGAACGCAUUAUCGCAAAGGCACUAAAGAAGUACAACAUCCCCCGCAGCAAAGUUGUCCUCCUCUCGAAAUGCUACUUCGGGGUCAACGAAGAAGACCCCACCCUCGGCAUCGCCUCCGUGUCCACCAACGACGGCGCUUUCGUAAAUCAAGUCGGACUCUCGCGCAAGCAUAUUUUCGAUGCGGUGGAGAAGAGCGUCGAGCGCCUAGGCACAUAUAUCGAUGUGCUGCAGAUCCACCGGCUGGACCGGGACACACCGCGCGAAGAGAUUAUGAAGGCGCUGAACGACGUUGUCGAGAAGGGAUGGGUGCGGUAUAUUGGCGCGAGUUCGAUGGCAGCAUGGGAGUUCCAAACGUUGCAAAAUAUCGCGGACCGCAAUGGCUGGCACAAGUUCAUCUCCAUGCAGAACUACUACAACCUUAUCUACCGCGAGGAGGAGCGUGAGAUGAUCCCAUACUGCCAGGACACCGGCGUCGGCCUGAUUCCGUGGUCACCCAUCGCCCGCGGCGCCCUCACGCGCCCCUGGACCGACCGCUCCUCCAAGCGCUCCACCACCGACGCCUUCCUCAAGAACCUCGUGCACGACCGCGAAGACGCAGUCGACAAGGAGAUCAUCGGGCGCGUGGAGAAGAUCGCGAAAAAGAACAAUGUCAGCAUGGCUUGUGUUGCGACCGCGUGGACUAUCCAUAAGGGCGUCCAGCCGAUCAUUGGGUUGAGCAGUAAGGAGCGGAUUGACGAGGCAGUGAAGAACAGCAAGUUCAAACUGAGCGAGGAGGAUGUCAAGGUGCUGGAGGAGGCGUAUGUGCCGAAGACGCGGCAGGGGUUCUAG